UCCAUUUUCACUCUCAACUCAACCCACUCACCAACUUACUCACACAACAAUCCAUCUUACACCAAUAUGGCUGUCUCUGGUUUUGAAGGUUUUGAAAAACGUCUAGAGCUUAAAUUCUCCGGUCAUGACGAUCCAAAAAUGAUCGGUACAGGGCUUCGAAGAAUCGAUUUCGACUCCAUUCAACAAGUACUUGAUGCGGUGCAAUGCACUGUCGUAUCAGCCGUGGGCAACCGGCAUUUCGACUCGUAUGUUUUAUCCGAGUCAAGUUUAUUUGUGUAUCCAACAAAGAUCAUCAUCAAAACAUGCGGGACUACACAGCUUCUGAAAUCAGUUCCUAUAAUGUUAUCUCAUGCAAGUGAUAUCGGUCUUAACAUAUGCAGUUGCAGAUAUACUAGAGGAAGCUUCAUUUUCCCUAAAGCACAGCCAUUUCCUCAUACAAGCUUUAGAGAUGAAGUUGAGUACUUAGAUCAAAGUCUGCCUAAUGAUCUCUGUUACAGAAAAGCUUCUGUUAUGCCUUCGAAGAAGCAGAAGAAAUCUUCGCAUUCUUGGCAUGUUUACUCUGCUAGUGAUCAUACUGACCAUGACAUCGAAGACAUGAAUUUUGAUCAUGAAGAUGGUAUUUUCACUAUUGAAGUUUGCAUGACUGAACUUGAUCAGAUCCUUUCGCGUAAUUUCUUUCGAUCUUUUGGUGACAGUACUCCUGGAGAAGUUGCGGGGAAAGAAAUGACGAAACUUACCGGUAUAAACAAGAUCAAUCCUAAUGCUCUUAUAUGUGAUUUCGCAUUUGAUCCGUGUGGAUACUCCAUGAAUGGGUUGGACAAUUCUUGUUAUUCCACUAUUCAUGUCACGCCGGAAGAUGGAUUCAGUUAUGCUAGUUUCGAAUGUGUAGGGUUUGUUGAUGAUUAUAAGAGCAUUAGAGAAACUUUAAAGAGAGUUGUGCAAAUUUUCAGACCGGGAGUUAUGUCUGUAUCCACAACAAGUUCGUCGAGUCAAUGUAUGUCGAGAUGUGUUACUAAUGCUGUCGAGCCACUUGGAAUGAAACGUCGGAGUUGUACGGUCGACGAGUUCCCAGCAGCUGGAGUCGUUGUAUUUCAGACAUUUACGUCCGUUGGCCGGAAAAGAUUGGUGUAGUAAUAGAUAUUGCAAGAGUUGAUUAGAGAAAGGGUAAAGGGGGAAAUUAAGGAGGGUACUUGAGAUUUUUUUUCUUGUUGCAUGAACAUGCGUAGUUUGGAAUGAUGAUCGGUAGGGUUGUUAAUGGGAUAUCAUGUCACUCCGUAGCCUGUAUUCAAUUAGAAGGGGUUUUAUUAUGUUUUUAGAAAUAUUUACUUUUGUUGUUUUAAGAUGGUAAGUACAUUAUUUUUUUCAUUGUUCAUGUAUGUAGCCCAUGAAAAGAAUUUUUAGAACCUUUUUAAGCAGUGUGAAUGUGAGUUACCAAGGU